AUGACUAAUACUACCGCUGCCAAAACUGUUAUCCUGACAAGAAGAGAAGUGUUCUCCGCAAGUCAUCGAUUAUAUUCAGAUAAAUUGACACCUGAACAGAAUAAGGAGAUAUAUGGAAAGUGUAUAAAUCAACAUGGACAUAACUAUACAUUGGAGGUAUCAGUGCGUGGAAAGUUGAAUGCCGAUACAGGAAUGUUCUUAAACAUUAGUGAACUGAAACAGAUUAUAAAGGAGGAGGUCAUGGAUCGUAUGGAUCACAAGAAUCUAGAGGUCGAUGUCAAGGAGUUUGAAGGCGUAGUCACCACCACCGAGAACCUCUGUGUAGUCAUCUUCCAACUACUCCAAAAGCGUCUAAACGAACUACUCUACGAAGUCAAAAUACUAGAGACAGAGAACAACUUUGUCAUUUACCGAGGCGAGUGA